CAGGCGAGGCGAGGGGCGCAGGGCUCAGGGCGGCGGCGCGAGUGCGCGAGGCCGCGAUCCGCGCCAGAUUGCUGCGUACAGGUAGCGCAACACCCGACGUGAGCUCAAACAGGCCGUGCCCCCAGAGCACACCGACGGCCUCCUUGGGCACUCGACCGCUCGACCGCAUCGCCACCUCGCGCAGCCCCUGACCCCCGGCCGCUGCCUCUGCCUCUGCCUCUGCCUCGCUGCCUCCGCGCCCACCGCGUCCACCGCUGCCACCGCUCCAGGCUCACCGACUCCGUGGCCGCCCCCGCCCCGCCCGUCGCGCCCCGUCACCACACACACCCGCCCGCACCGCGCCGCCAUGUCGUGGAAGCUCACCAAGAAGCUCAAGGAGACGCACCUGGCGCCGCUGGCCAACACCUUCAGCCGGUCGUCGUCGACGUCGACCAUCGUCGACCAGCAGACGCCCAAGGCCUCGAACAGCGCCGCCAGCAGCAAUGCCGCCUUCGGCGACCCCAACGGCAUCGCCGCCUCAGACGCCGCCGCCGUCGCCCCCUCGGCGCCCCUGCGCCCCGGCAUCUUGAUCGUCACCCUGCACGAGGGCAAGGCCUUUUCGCUGCCGCCCGGCGCUGAGCAGGCCUUCAGCGGCGGCUCGCACCACCAGGGCUCGCUGUCCACCGGCGGCGGCUUCUCCGUCGCCGGCUCGGUGCGCCCAGGCGCGUCGCGCAACCCCGUCGCUGGCUCGUACACCGGCCGCCCGCAGUCGGCCGCCGGCAGCAUCAACGCUGCGCCCACCAUCCACGGCCGCUACUCGUCCAAGCACCUGCCCUACGCCCUCGUCGACUUCGACAAGCAGCAGGUCUUCAUCAACGCCGUGUCCGGCACCCCAGAGAACCCGCUGUGGGCCGGCGGCAACACACAGUACAAGUUCGAUGUGUCGCGCAUGACCGACCUCACCGUCUCGCUCUACAUUCGCAACCCCACCGCUCCUCCCAACGCUGGCCGCAACGAGGACAUUUUCAUCGGCACCCUGAAGAUCAAGCCGCGCUUUGAGGAGCAGCGCGAUGGCAAGGACAAGAAGGGCGAGACCACAGCCGCCGGCCAGGCCGGCGCCGACUGGAUCGAUGUCCAGUUCGGCAGCGGCCAGAUGCGCGUCGGCGUCAACUUUGUCGAGAACCGCCAGGACCGCCUCACCAUCGACGACUUUGAGCUGCUCAAGGUCGUCGGCAAGGGCAGCUUUGGCAAGGUCAUGCAGGUGCAGAAGAAGGACACCCACCGUAUCUACGCCCUCAAGACCAUCCGCAAAGCCCACAUCAUCUCGCGAUCUGAAGUCGCACACACCCUCGCCGAGCGCUCCGUGCUGGCCCAGAUCAACAACCCGUUCAUUGUGCCGCUGAAGUUUUCCUUCCAGUCGCCAGAAAAGCUCUAUCUCGUCCUGGCCUUUGUCAACGGCGGCGAGCUGUUCCACCACCUGCAGAAGGAGCAAAGAUUCGACAUUAACCGCGCGCGAUUCUACGCCGCAGAGCUCCUCUGCGCGCUGGAGUGCUUGCACGGCUUCAACGUCAUCUACCGUGAUUUGAAGCCCGAGAACAUUCUGCUCGACUACACCGGCCACAUCGCCCUGUGCGAUUUCGGUCUGUGCAAGCUGGACAUGAAGGACGAGGACCGCACCAACACAUUCUGCGGAACACCCGAAUACCUCGCUCCUGAACUGCUGACCGGCGGCGGCUACACAAAGUCGGUCGAUUGGUGGACACUCGGCGUUCUGCUCUACGAGAUGUUGACAGGCCUCCCACCCUUCUACGACGAGAACACAAACGACAUGUACCGCAAGAUUCUCACCGAGCCGCUGCACUUCCCCGGGCCUGAGAUUGUCCCUCCUGCUGCCCGCGAUCUCCUGACCCGUCUCCUUGAUCGCAACGCCGAGAAGCGGCUGGGAGCCAAGGGUGCGGCCGAGAUCAAGGCCCACUACUUCUUCCACAGCAUUGACUGGCGCAAGCUGCUGGAGAGAAAGUACGAGCCGAGCUUCAAGCCCGCUGUGGUCGACGCCAAAGACACGGCCAACUUUGACCGCGAGUUCACCUCGGAAGCACCGACAGAUUCUUACGUCGACGGACCCAUGCUGUCGCAAACCAUGCAGGAACAGUUUGCAGGCUGGUCCUACAACCGGCCGGUUGCUGGCCUCGGAGAUGCUGGUGGCUCGGUAAAAGACCCGUCUUUCGAGGGUGUUGCGGACAGGAAAUAGGGUACCCUGGCCUAGCACGGCGACUGAGCUCGGCCAAUAGCCGGUGGCUCCGGCAAUCGGCCGUCGCCUGCAACCUCCCACCUGGCAUUGUUGCUGCUGUCGGGCUUUGGAGCAUACAUAGAUGAGUGUGUGAUUGGUGGGAACUCUCAGCGCUUUUGGCUAUUUUGGUUCUAAACGACGGCGUAUGGGGGCAGCAUUCGUGCUUGAAAUGCCCAGAUAGGCAAUCCAAGAAGAUAUCCCACUCUCACGUCUGGACCUCUCACGUCUGGACCGCAUGUGCCUGAAGCUCGUCGUCAAUUAGUGAGCAUGAAUAGUCAGCAUUUGUAUGUCGCACCGACCAACC